AUGUAUCUGAGCCAUGCACAUGCCCAGCUCAUAGCCGCCAACGCCAUAGAGCCGAUUGUGGCCUUUGUCGCGAGAGUGCUGAGCAUGCCGUCUGACAGCGCAGGUACGCUUGUCGGACGGUUGAUCAUCAAACUAGUCAAAAAGGUUGACCUGGGCGAGUACAUGCUUCCCAUGCUCAACACGGCUCUGCAGAAGCUGUCCAGUGUCAGCUUCAUCCUAUACGAACAGACCCUGGUGGUGAUGUUUGCGCAGAUGAUGCUGGCGGAUCUGUCCUGGUGCCUGGGCUUCCUUACUUCGCAGACGGUCGAUGUGGUGUCAGGUAACACCCCAUACCUCAGCCCGGUCGGCGUCAACCACAAGGGCGAGACUGUCACGCGCACAGUCAGUGGCUUUGAGCUGGUGAUGGCCAAGUGGGUGGAGAGUCAGCAGAUGUUCUCGGGACGCUUUGAUGUGAACACAGCACUGGUGGCCCUCUCACAGCUGUGUUCCAGCACGGAUCCGGCUGUGCAGAAACUACUCAACGAGGAACUGCUGCACCGGCAGUAUGAGCAAGAGCAGGGCAGCGACGGUUGGGAGGAAGACGGCAGUGGUGACGAAGACGAUGGCGAGGAUGGAUGGGAGGAUGCACCCUCUGGCAAAAACAGUAGUCCAUUUGCACCAGCAUCGGAUUAUACGAAUUUGUCAGACGCGCUGUUUAGCGGAGGUCUAAUGGACGAUGUCGAUGAUCAAGUGGUCGAAGAUCCGGAGAUUCUGAAGGACCCUCUCUUCAAACUGGAUAUCAAGGUACGGCAACGGUGUGCCUGA